ACCUAUCGUUAUGCAUCAACAUCUACCUGUCAACUUCUCCUUUCACGAAACUUUCUCCACCUCUUCUUCCGACUCUACGAUUUCCGCCAGUUUACCUAUCCCGGAGGACGAUUUGAUAGGAAAGACAGAUUACUAGGUACCCACCAAUCAUACGGGCAGAGUGUCAUUCCUUAGAUCCCCCUUCCAAUGGGGACGUGAUGCCAUAGGUACCGAGGUAUGCAUGUGCAACGACUCCUACGCCAAAAACCAAAUAGCAAUGGGUCGCCACGAAUUGAUUCGAGGGGCGGAGAUCAUGUAACUAGAUAGUUCCUAUUCCGAUCCACACUUCCUGAAGGCGGGGAUGGAGUAUUCGUUGAUAAAAGUGCAGGCAUCCUCAAGGUCCUGGGUUGUACCGGUGAACUCGACUGAUUGAACCUCUUUUAUUUUCCUAGAAGAACUCUUUCAGUCUAUCCCCUCGAUUACUCUCGUUACUAAUGGCAGACCCAAAGCCCCUCGCGGGGAAGAUUAUACUCGUGACGGGAGCAGCCCAAGGAAUCGGAGCAACUAUAUCUAACUACAUCGCGGCGCGUGGUGCAUCCUUGUCUCUAGGGGAUGUGCAGAAGGAUAAACUUGAUGCUGAAGCACAGCGCUUGUCUCAAGCUUACCCUGAUAUUCAGGUGGCGACGUGGUCUUUGGACGUUACAGAUCCGAAAGCUGUUGAGGGGUGGGUAAUCGGCUCGAAAGCCAAAUUUGGGAAGAUUGACGGAUGUGUCAAUAAUGCCGGAAUCCUUGGAGAUGGAAGCCGGAUAACAGAGAUGAGUUUCGAAAAUUGGUCCAAUGUCAUGAACGUCAACUUGACUGGGACGUUCAACUGUCUGAAGUUCCAACUACGCGCAAUUGAAGAUGGCGGUAGCGUUGUUAACAUGUCCAGCUGUGCUGGCAUACAUUCGGUACCUGUUCUGGCGGCUUACACAGCAUCUAAGCACGGCGUUGUCGGCCUGACUAAAGUAGCCGCUGCCGAACAUGCACAUCGCGGUGUCCGGGUGAAUGCUGUGUGUCCGGGCAUUGUGGCAGGAGGGUUGCAGAAGAACUUGUUUAGGGAAGUGCCUAAUCUUACAAUGAAUGACCUCUCGGCUCUGUUCCAAGAGUUGGUGCCUAUGAAUCAAGUUGCUGCAAUGGUUGGGUAUCUCUUGGGCGACGAGAGCAAAUUCAUCACCCGAGCGGUGCUUCCUGUCGACGGGGGGUUUUAGUUGAUAAAUCUAAUAGGUAUACCUAGGUACCCAAAGAGCAUCUAGCUCUCUGAGGAAGUGCUUUUGCCUUUAGUUGUUGGUUGAAAGCUCAAUUGGUGUGAGGCGCAGCAGCGUCUGCCUAGGUUAAGCACCUGGUAUUAUGGCUAUGUGAAUUAAGAGGUUAGA